GGAGUGCACUUAGCGAACAGUUCCGCAAAGUAUGUGUUUCUCUCAGUACCGGACUGUAAGAAGCACGGACCAUCCUUCAUAGGAGAUACCUCAAGGACCGGGAGCGAAAGAACAUCAGGGACCGGGCCCCUAACCUUCGGGACCGGGUCCACAAGGAUCUUCAUUGCAGUAUAGAACGUCGUGACGUACACACACCUGUCGACGCGUUUUGUCCCAGUCGAAAAGAUUUGCUGGUAUUGAUGGGGACAGAUACGCCACUCUACAGUCUGCUAGAAAAGUGGCGUAUGGAACUUGAUGGGUCAGCACCUCAGUUGUGGAAGCAGGCUCUGUUCCAAAUUCGGCGAUGCAAAUGGAUGGCACCCAUGUUCGUCGUAUUCGUGGCGCGCAGCACGGUCGACCUCAUCUUAGCACACAGCCUGGCCGGCAUCCAGACGCCGCUGCAGCACGUUGCCAACGUGUACAGCGCCAUGUGGGCCCUUUUCUUCUUCGCGGACUUCUCAGCGCAGUGCAGCGGCGUCCUGCAGCGACUCGCACAUGUCUCAAUCAAGCUGGAGCACGGGAAGGACGCGGCCACGAAGAUGCUUGUGCUGUUCGUGGCAGUUAUACCGUUCUACCGCGUGCAAGCGUUGGCCUACGUGCUGUUCGCUUCGGCCGCCGUGCUGUACCGCGGGCUGGGGGCGGUGAGCGCCUCAACCCGCUCAACAGGGGAGAUUGCCCUGCGACACGUCGCAGCUAUGCACUCACCUCUGCUGGCUGCCGCAAGUGAAACAAGGAAGGUGUUCGAGGUUCCGCUACUCCGCUUGGUGCUGUGCGCUGUUGUGCUGCCACUGUUCGGCACCGUGGAGCUAGCGGUUUCACUGCGACACGCCACGACGGGAAAGUUCGCGGUCACCAUCUUCAGGGCAAUCGCAAACCUCUUUAUCCCGAUAUGCUUUACUGGUCAGCUCCUAGAGGACGCUAGCGGGGCCCUGCGGUCGCAGCUGUACGCUGCCCCCUGGCCCGAGGAGCGGCCACCGGCCCGCCGCCUGCGCGCUGCCCUGAUGCUGGGCGCGGGCGCACAGGCUCGCGUGGAGCUCCGCGGCCUGGGCCGUCUCAAUGCAGCCACUUGCCUGGAGGUGCUGCAGCGCUGGUUUAGCGUUGUUAAUGUGCUCAUCAAUGCCCAGGGCGGCAUGGACUAACGCCCAACUGCAGUCAAAGACAACUUUGAAGUAUCCUUACAACCUGCGAAUUUAUCGAAAUGGGAAACUGCGUUCCCUGGCGUUUUUGAUGCAGCCAUUAUUUGACUGAAACCCAUUUCAGGUAUCCGUCUGCGGAAAAUCUGUGAGUGUAUUCGUUAGAUUUCACCUUGAAAUGCCAAUUAAAAUAUUAAAACAAGAAGCCAUCAAGGCACGUAACA